GGGCGGCGUCGUCCCAUGAACAAGGCGCGGAAUUGGGAAGUGGGGGUGCGCCGCGUAUGGUCUCUCCGCUGACUCCGCUCUUUGCUGAUGUGGAAGAGCCGCGAAAGGCCGUGGAAGGAGGAGACCUCAUCUAGUCAUCUGUCGUUCCUCCAUUCCAGUGCGUGAGAGACGCUUCGUAAAUUCAUCGGUCGACGAUCUCUUCCCUUUUCCUCUCUUUCUCGUUCCCUCUCCUUUUUUUUCUUCGCCCCACGGUGCCACCACGGUGGAAUGCUAGCGCUCAUGUUCCUCCAGAUCCUGAUCGGUUCCUCCAUCCUGGCGACGGCGAUCCCGAAGCAGGCGAUCCCGGACGGCGAGCAUCGUGUUUUGAACAAGGAUGCAAGCAGCAAAGAUCACUAUGUCCAUUCCCAACAUAAUCCGGCCUACGAUCAUGAAGCCUUUCUCGGGGAAGAGGCCAAGACGUUCGAUCAGCUUACACCCGAGGAGAGCACAAGGCGGCUAGGGAUAAUUGUUGACAAGAUAGACAAGGAUAGCGACGGCUACGUGACGCAGGAGGAGCUUAAAGAUUGGAUAAUGUACACGCAGCAACGUUACAUCAAGGACGACGUGGAGCGUCAGUGGAGAUCCCACAAUCCAAUGGGAAAGGAGAAACUGUCUUGGACGGAAUACAAGGACAUGGUUUACGGCGACAUGGAGGAGCAGGAGAGCGACAAAGCGGACGACUCGUUCUCGUACGCUCAGAUGUAUAAGAGGGAUCGCAGAAGGUGGACCACAGCGGAUCUGGACGGCGAUGACGCUCUGACCAAGGAGGAAUUCACCGCCUUCCUUCACGCGGAAGACGCGGAGCACAUGAAGGACGUGAUAGUGCUGGAAACGAUGGAGGAUAUCGAUAAGGAUGAAGAUGGGAAGAUAUCUCUCGCGGAAUACAUUGGCGACCUGUACAGGGGCGAGGAAGGUGAAGAGGAGCCGGAAUGGGUGAAGAACGAAAAGGAACAAUUCUCCUCGUACAGAGAUAAAGAUGGGGAUGGAUUUUUGAACGCUGACGAGGUAAAAACGUGGAUUAUUCCCGCGGAAUUUGAUCACGCCGAGGCGGAGUCGAGGCACUUGAUUUACGAAGCGGACACCGAUGCGGAUCACAAGCUGACGAAGAACGAGAUUUUGGAGAAAUACGACAUCUUCGUCGGAUCUCAGGCGACGGACUUCGGAGAGGCGUUAGCGAGGCACGAUGAGUUUUAACGAGGUGCAAUCUCAUAAGAAAAAGAAAUUACUAACGAACAAAUUACUUAUAAUACUUAAAGCUACUUAAGAUCUAGUUUAUCUACGAAGAAGAAUAUUUAUCUACUUGCCUUAAUAAAUAGAUGUGUUAUAUAUCAGUGGGUAUUCACAUAAUUGAUACAGUAGAUAGAAGGAAUGCAUGAAAUGCUAUAACUGCCAAAAAUUGUGAAGCUCGAUUAGCUGUUGUUACAAUAAAUUUUUUAUAUUGUCAUUGUA